GGUUUUGUCACGGCUUGCGAAGGUUGGAUGGGAGAGAGGACGGCCUCAGCUCUCUCUUCCUCCAGCUCACGGAUCAAGCACCAGUGAGCGAGAAACAAACCUCAAAAAGCCAUGGCCAUGGGGCUCCCCGGCCUCCGCUGCUGCGACCUCGCCGCGCGUGGCCCGCUCCCUCUUCCUCCCCUGGGCCCCGCCCUCCCGCGCAGGCCUCCUCCGCGCGCCUCCCCUCUCCGCUACUCCUCUCUCCAAGCCCCAGCUGGGGACAGUAUUGGGGAUGAAGUCCUGCGCAUGUUCCUUGAAGAGAGGCAGCUACACGGCGAUUUCGUCACGAAAAUCUCUGACAUGGUUUGGAGGAGAAAUGGCGCAAAUGUUGAUGUGUUAGAGGCGACCUCGGGUCUAGAAAAUGCUGCAAAUGUUGCGCAACCUGAUGUCAGGGAAGAAGUUACCGGCGAGGGAGUCUUGAGGCUAGCGGCGACCAGAGAUUGGGUAUCCGGUGAGAGCGACCUGCCUGUCAGAAAGAGGCUUUCUGCUAAGGAUAGACAGAAUGACAGCGACAAAAGGAAGGAACUCAACCUUCUGAAAUAUGAAGCACUCAAGGAUGAAUUGUUGCUCCUGACCACUGGAAUUGGAGCAGCAUGUAGUUUAUACUGUCUCCUGGUCUUUUCUCUUGAGGCUGCUAUCAGUUAUGCUUUUGGAGUUGCUUUCAGUUGUUUGUAUCUUCAACUUCUGUAUCGGCACACAGACAACCUGUCAAAGGAAGAUAUUCCAGAAAUUUUUCUGAAGAAGAAGGUGAAGAAAAUUGGCAUCACAAGCGAAGAUUUGAAGAAUACAAUAGAGAAGACCCUGGGUGGCACUUCAGUAGCCCUAUCAUCCCCAAGGCUUGCGAUUCCUGCUAUGAUUUUUGGAUUGUCAGCUAUAUCAGAUCACUUCCAGAACAGCAUUUUCAGUUUUCAGCUUGUUCCAGGCAUGAUGGGUUUCCUUGCAUACAAGGCUGCAGCUUUAGUACAAGUCUACAGAGAUAACGAGGACCUCCGAUUGAUACUUCCUGAAGAUGAGGACAUUGACAGCAGUUGAAGUGUACCAGUGAGAGAUUCUAUUAACCUAGUUGUUGAUAAAUACAGAACAGAUUGGUGGACCACUCGUGCUUCAGUUUUGAAUAAAAUUUCUCUCUUCAGGCGA